UCCUCUGCGGCUCAAGCUCUCUGCUGCCAUGGGAGUGGACACGGCCGAGCAAUGGCCGCGCCGCACGCCACGCUGCCCCCGGCGACAGCAAGCCCGCCGCCGCGCCGCGGCCUCCGGCGCGAGACGGCGGAGGUGGUGCGCGACUGCAAGAGGCUGGACGGGCUCAUGAAGGCCGGCAGGCUGGCGGACGCCCUGGACCUGUUCGACCGGAUGCCGCGCAAGAACGUCGUGGCCUGGACCUCGGCCGUGUCCGGGCUGGCACGCAACGGGCGCCCCGAGGCCGCGAUCGAGAUGUUCGCGGACAUGGCGGAGUCCGGCGUCGCGCCGAACGACUUCGCGUGCAACGCGGCGCUGGCGGCGUGCGCGGCCGCGGGCGCGCUCCGCGCCGGGGAGCAGCUGCACUCGCUCGCCGUGCGUGCGGGGCUCGCCGGGGACGCGUGGGUUGGGAGCUGCCUGGUCGAGCUCUACGCGCGGUGCGGCUCCACGCGAGCGGCCGAGGCCGUGCUGGCCCGGAUGGAGUCGCCGGACGUCGUGGCGUACACCUCGCUCGUCUCGGCCUUCUGCCGGAGCGGCGAGUUCAAGCGAGCAGCGGAGGCACUCAGCCAGAUGAUGGAGCGGGGAGUGGAGCCGAACGAGCACACGGUGACGAGCAUCCUGGCGGCGGCGUGCUGCCCGCUGGUUCUCGGCGUGCAGAUACAUGGCUACAUGAUCAAGGCGAUGGGCUCGUCACAGAGCGUCUACGCGUGGAGCGCGCUGAUCGAUUUCUACUCAAGAAAUGGUGAGCUCGACAUGGCAAAGACGGUGUUCGACAGCCUCCAGUGCAAGAACGUGGUCACCUGGUGCACCAUGAUGCAGCUGCACAUCAGAGAUGGUAGGCCGGAGGAUGCACUGCAGCUGUUCGACGAAAUGAUCUCGGAGGGCAUUGUUGAUCCAAACGAGUUUGCAUUCUCGAUCGCUCUUGGUGCCUGUGAGUCCAUCGCUCUGGGGAGUCAGCUUCACUCUUUGGCCAUCAAACGUGACCUGGCGAGUGAUCUCCGGGUGUCGAAUGCCCUGCUUUCCAUGUAUGGCAGGAGCGGCCUCGUCGAAGAGCUCGAGGCCGUGCUCCGCGGCAUCGAGGAUCCAGACAUUGUCAGCUGGACAGCAGCAAUCUCUGCAUACUUCCAGAACGGCCAUGGUGAGAAGGCCAUAGCACUGCUCUCCCAGAUGCACUCACAAGGUCUCAUGCCAAACGACUAUGCCUUUUCCAGCGUGCUAAGCUCCUGCGCAGACCUGGCAUUGCUGGACCAAGGGAGUCAGUUCCAUUGCCUAGCCCUGAAGCUAGGGUGCGACAUGAAGAUCUGCACGGGGAACGCGUUGAUCAACAUGUACUCCAAGUGCGGCCAGAUCGUGCCCGCGAGGCUCGUGUUCAACGUCAUGGAUCACCGUGAUGUGACGUCCUGGAACUCGCUGAUCCACGGGUACGCGCAGCACGGUGAGGUGGACAUGGCAUUGAAGGCGUUCAGCGAGAUGUGUUCCAUUGGCGGUGAGCCCAAUGAGUCGACGCUCCUGGGAAUCCUAGCAGCUUGCAACCACGCCGGGAUGGUGGAUGAAGGUGUGGCAUUCUUCAGAUCAGCAAUGGCCGGCCGGUAUGGCGCCUUCCUGACACCCUCACACUAUGCCUGCGCGGUCGACAUGCUGGGCCGUAGUGGCAGGUUCGACGACGCCCUCUGCCUGAUCGAGGAGAUGCCUUUUGAGCCCGACGUCCUAGUGUGGAAGACGAUGUUGGCGUCAUGCAGGCUGCACGGCAACCUGGAGACGGGGAGGCUCGCCGCCGAAAAGCUCGUGGAGCUCUCAGGCCAGGACUCGGCAAGCUACGUGCUGAUGUCUGGCAUACAUGCGAUGCACGGGGAGUGGCGCGACGCCGACAUGGUGCGGCGCAGGAUGGACGAGGCUGGGGUGAAGAAGGAGGCCGGGAUCAGCUGGGUGGAGGUCAGGAACGAGGUGCACGCCUUCGUAGCCCAGGACGCGUCUCACCCGGACUCGCCGUCCAUCUACCGAAUGCUCUGGGAAUUGUCUAAUGCCAUGCGAGAUACAGCCUAUGAUGAAGAUGUUGAAUUGUUGGAUGUACAUAUGCAGAUUUAGAUGUGAAAAAAGUAGUGCAUAUCCUACUAGGUUCCUCCAUUUCUGACAAGGUAACUGAGUCUUUCUUCUUUUCCAAUUGUCACUUGCAUUACACUGUUCUUUGUAGCUACUGGUAUAAGCUUACAAAUAUGUGAAUGAUAGGUGCUGUAUGCUAUGUAGGCAUGUAGCAAUAUGAAAUUAUCAAUAGCAUAUUGUUUUCAGUCUGUAACAAUUAAAAUGUGCUGCAGAAAGUUGAUUAAAACACCUUUCAGUGUGACAUCGACGAUUGCUAUGCUUUAGUUUUAUUUACUUACCCCAUUUGGCAGUAGACUCACUAGUAAACUGGGUUUAUAACUUCCAAGGAACCAUCCUGUAUUUUGAUAUUCUUAGACUCAGGUAUGGCUGUAGCAUGGCCUUCUCAAGUACUCCAGGUGUGGCACUACACUAACUAAUCACAUGAACAGAACAGACACUUAGCUACGGGUUACACUCACAGUUUGGACUGUGACUUAAAAGAUUGCCUCGGAACGUCAACCAAAUGAGCUAAUUUCUCUAGAUAGUUGAAGUGAAUGAGGGAAGAAGCUUGUCUUCUCAGAGGAGAGAAUUUUCUUAACAAGUUCUCAAGAAGAUUGGUGAUACAUAUGAUGGAAUUGUCCGUUCAGUGUUCCACUAUGGUGUAUUGGUUCACCUGCAAUUUUCUGAUGCCACUGGCCAUACCUUUGGUCAUUUUUGUUGUAAAUAUUCCAGAGUUUGACAGCAAUGAUGCUGAAACAGCAAGUUAUUUAUCUUACUGAUCUUGUACAUAUCUCUGGGAUCUCUUGGUAUCUUGUCCAAGAUUUUGUAAAUGAAGGUGAUAGCAUCAAGAUCAAGAUCAUAUUGAUAUGUAAGUGUCAAGGUAUCUAGGUGAUCAAAUAUUGAAUUUAUGUUACAGAACAUUUUCUAGAUUCUACAAACCAAAAGUAGUUAAGGUAUCCAGGAGUAUGUGUUUUCUCCUGGAAAUUAUUAGUAAAAUCAUAUGCAUUCAAGUGCACACCUAGUUUGUUUGCAGCAAUUAUAUAUUUGCAUUUAUGGAAGAGUGAACUAAUGCUGUGGCAUUUAUACAAUACACAGAGCUUUUAAGGGUUAGUUGAAUAAAAUCAAAUUAAUCUAAUUCAGGCAUGCACUCCAUUGGUGCUGAUAAGGGAAAUCAGGAAGCACUGGGUUUCUCUAUCUUGAACCAGAAAAUCAUGUUAAAUGAUCUGACAUGCUUGCAUUCCAUACACAAACAGGGAGAAAUCAAGGAUAGCUUUACAAUCAGGCAAUUGGAGGAAGAUCCUCUACUGGAGCCGAUCCUCUACUGAAGCCAUUGGACAAAAUUAUUCCUUUGGUUGGUUGUUGAAUAAAACUGUGUCCCAGUGGUGCGUUAUCAGCUACCAUGUUCUUGUAAAAGUGGACUCAUGUAACAAUCAUGUUUUGUAGGGAACUGAUAUAUCACCUGAUGCUCAGAUCAGGUCAUCACCUACAGAAAAGAAGUUGAACUUCUUUCAAUACUUGAUGGCGUAUGUAAUGAACUUUUUACAGGAGGAAGGUAAUGGUUUGUAUUUGUGUCUAGUAUCCAGUUUCUAGUUUGUGUAUUAGAGUACGUCAUUAGUCAUUACUACGUAUAUCCUGGGGUCAUAUUUGGUAUCAUGUGGGAGUGAAGAUAUGGCCCAUUACAUGGGGCGUGGUCAAGAAAUUGUUCCACAAUGAUGGCCCCAGUGGCUCCAGUAGUAACAGGAUAGAAGAGAAAGACAAGUUCACUGGUGCUAUGUCGAACACUUUCGGACAGGACAUGCCCCCCGAUCACAUUAUGAACCAGCUGACUCAAUUCUUAUCAUAUGUGCGGAACUCCACUUGCGCAUGAGCUUCUACGCAUGGAAUCGGGCACACCCACCGAUUUGUUUCAGGUGAUUUUCGAGGUAUGGCAUGAAAUGUUGUGUUAUGCUGCCAACCGCUGCAGCAGAGAUUCUCAUGACAGGCACCUCAGCAGUGUUGGCGAGUUCAUUACAGUUGUAUGGUUAUUGGCACGGCAAAUCCAUGGAUUUCAGCAGCCUAGAGGAAAAGGCGGACACUCUUCUGUUUGUAUAGAUAGAAAAUUUAUGUGCAAAUGACUUUUGAGAAUGAAAAACAUUUGGAGGAGUAAUUCUGAGAAUUCCAAAGGGGCACAUCAGGCGCAUUUUCUUGUCAGGUGGUUGUGGAAAUGUGCUAGGAGAUUGAGACAUAAAAUCUUCUUCUUUUGGUUCUUGCUGUAUGCACCAGGAACCCGCUCAAAAGAAAGACUUUCCGUGUGCCGACCUAUGUAUGAUUGUGUUCUCUG